GGGGCGGGCGACGGGGCCGCUGGAGCCCCAGGUCGGGGGUCCGGGUUGACCCGCGAUUCACGAGGUCCUCUCAGGCCUGCCCGCCCUGCUUUUCUCUUCCGGUCGAGUUUUACGGCGACUCCCGGCCGACUGACGUGCUCUGGCACCCUUAGAAAUGGAGCAAGAACCACAAAAUGGAGAACCUGCCGAAAUUAAGAUCAUCAGGGAAGCAUAUAAAAAGGCCUUUUUAUUUGUUAAUAAAGGACUGAAUACAGAUGAAUUAGGUCAGAAGGAAGAAGCAAAGAACUAUUAUAAACAAGGAAUAGGACAUCUACUAAGAGGAAUCAGCAUUUCAUCAACUGAGUCUGAACACACAGGCCCUGAGUGGGAAUCUGCUAGACAGAUGCAACAGAAAAUGAAAGAAACUCUACAGAAUGUGCGUACCAGAUUGGAAAUUCUAGAGAAGGGUCUUGCCACUUCUCUACGGAAUGACCUUCAGGAAGUGCCCAAGUUAUAUCCAGAAUUUCCACCCAAAGACAUGUAUGAAAAGACACCGGAGCCUCAGUCCUUUGGCUCACCUCCUCAGCACUCUGAAGUAAAUGGUGCAGGGUCAGCUGUUGCACCUAGUACUCUGUGUCUACCAUCCCAAAGUUGUCCAGCAGAGGCACCGCCAGCUUAUACUCCUCAGGCUGCUGAGGGUCACUACACCGUAUCUUAUGGAACAGAUUCUGGGGAAUUUUCAUCAGUUGGAGAAGACUUUUACAGGAAUCAUUCUCAGCCACCUCCUCUUGAGAGCUUAGGGCUAGAUGCAGAUGAGUUGAUUUUGAUACCAAAUGGAGUACAGAUAUUUUUUGUAAAUCCUGCAGGAGAGGUUAGUGCACCUUCAUAUCCCGGGUACCUUCGAAUUGUGAGGUUCUUGGAUAAUUCUCUUGAUACAGUUCUAAACCGUCCUCCUGGGUUCCUUCAGGUGUGUGACUGGUUAUAUCCUCUAGUUCCUGAUAGAUCUCCAGUUCUGAAGUGUACUGUGGGAGCCUACAUGUUUCCUGAUACCAUGUUGCAAGCAGCAGGAUGCUUUGUCGGGGUUGUUUUGUCCUCUGACUUACCAGAAGAUGAUAGAGAACUCUUUGAGGAUCUUCUAAGGCAAAUGUCUGACCUUCGCCUUCAGGCCAACUGGAACAGGGCAGAAGGAGAAAAUGAAUUCCAAAUCCCUGGAAGAACAAGACACUCCUCUGACCAAUUGCAGGAAGCCUCUGGCACUGAUGUGAGACAGUUGGGUCCUUCAUUGGAUCAAGGCAGUAAAGAUGUGCGUCAUAAAGGCAAACGUGGGAAAAAGGCUAAAGAUACUUCAAAUGAAGAACUUAAUUUGAGUCACAUUGUACCCUGUGAGCCAGUUUCAGAAGAAAAAGCAAAAGAAUUACCCGAAUGGAGUGAGAAAGUGGCUCACAACAUUUUGUCAGGUGCUUCCUGGGUGAGUUGGGGUUUAGUCAAAGGUGCUGAAUUUACUGGCAAAGCAAUCCAGAAAGGCGCUUCUAAACUUCGAGAACGGAUUCAACCAGAAGAAAAACCAGUGGAAGUUAGUCCAGCUGUCACCAAGGGACUUUAUAUAGCAAAGCAGGCUACAGGAGGAGCAGCGAAAGUCAGCCAGUUCCUGGUUGAUGGAGUUUGCUCUGUAGCAAAUUGUGUUGGAAAAGAACUAGCUCCACAUGUCAAGAAGCAUGGCAGCAAGCUUGUUCCGGAAUCUCUUAAAAAAGACAAAGACGGGAAGUCCCCCCUGGAUGGUGCUAUGGUUGUAGCAGCAAGUAGUGUUCAAGGAUUUUCAACUGUCUGGCAGGGAUUGGAAUGUGCGGCUAAAUGCAUUGUUAAUAAUGUUUCAGCAGAAACUGUACAAACUGUCAGAUACAAGUAUGGACAUAAUGCUGGAGAAGCUACACAUAAUGCUGUGGAUUCUGCUGUCAAUGUCGGUGUAACUGCCUAUAAUAUUAACAAUAUUGGCAUCAAAGCAAUGGUGAAGAAAACUGCCAAACAAACAGGGCACACACUCCUUGAGGACUAUCAAGUAGUUGAUAAUUCUCAGAAGGAAAAUCAAGGAGGAGCAUCAAAUAUAAACAUUAGAGGGGAGAAGGAUGAGCAGACAGAGGAAGAGAAGACUAAGGCAAAGAAAAAAGACAAAUGAUAGAAGUGUCGAGAAUCGCCUAUACCAAAGCCUUACGAAAUGGAUGAAAUUUUGUCAAAUAGGCAACUGUGGAUUUCACUACAGAUUAAUCAGUAUUUUUAAAAUAUAUUCAUUCCUACAAAGUGUUUCAUAAAUUUUAUGGCAUGCAUUCUACUUACAAAGAAAAUAAUCAGUAUUCUUGCAUCUGACCUUUAGAAAUAUGCAGCUAUAUACUCAGUUUAUUUUUUCUAAAUGUGGCUAAAAUAUUUUUGCAGUUAAUCUAAACCUAAUAAUAUAUGUGCAUACCUUAUUAAACAUAAUGUUAAACUAUUUUUGUAUUUUCUGUCUUACAUAAAAGUAGAAAAUUAUAUAUUUACACAAAUUCAGCAUUUAGUGACCCUGGUUCUGUUUAUAAUGGGAACAAAUGACUUAAAAUAUUGUCUCCUUUUGUUCUAAUUGUGAUUUUUUUUUUAGAUGCUUAUCAGAAUUUUCACUAUGUGAGCAAAACAAAAACUACUAUCCUAAACUAGAAGAUUUCUCAGAAAACAUUUUAAAAAGAGGGAAGAAACUGAUUAUGAAAAAUAAAAUGAAGUUCUGUAAAAUUAUUUGGUAAUUUAUCCAUUUGUUAGGAAAUAUGAUAGCCUCUUUUAUUUAGAAUAAAUACAAAUAGAUUUAUAAAGUCUUUUAGAUUUAAACUGGUAUUGCUUUACUAGGAACCUAGGAAAUGUUAGCAUAUUAUUGGUAUUAUAUUAAAACUCAAAGUGAUUAUUACCAGCUUAAUUGCAUAAAAAUGUAUUUUAAAAAACUUCCCAUAUUCUAAAAGUUUUCCAAGAUGCUUAAAAACAGAUAUAAAAAAAAUCGAGUUUACUCAUGAUAAAUAUAUUUUUAUUUGGGAAUUCAGUCAGAAGAAUUUAUAUUAAAAAGCCAAUAAGUUAUUUAAAAGAGAAAAGUUUAUUCAUAAUCAAAAUUAAUAAUACUAAAACCUUGGCUUUAUCCAUGGUGAGUGAUCAUAAUAGUUCCUACUGUUAUGAUCUAUUUGGCAGAAGACAAAAUAUUUACAGACCUUUAAGCUACAAAUAUAUACAUAAAUACUUUAGGGUAUUUUAUUUCUGUUUGCUGAUUUUUAUGAUUGGUGUUGAUUUUCAUAGCUGUAGUUUAUGUUCAUCAUUUUUGAACUUUUAGUAGUUUUAUUAGGCUUUAUUUGAAACUGUCUAGAGAGUGCAUUUUGUGAAUAAAAAAUUCUGAAUUGCUCGAC